GGUUGGGGGGCGGGCCCCCUACCGUCCAUUGUUCUUGGUGCCCCUCGGGCCGGAGCCCGUCGCGACUCCCGGGGCCGGGCCGUGCCCCGGGCGCUUGUGCACACAAAGCCGCCGCCGCUGCCGCCGGAGCAGGAUCUGGUCCCCGGGGAGCUGGGCUGCUUGUCGAAAUCCGAGGAGGGACCUGUCUUCUCGGAGAGCGUGGCUGGAUAAGACGGAAGCGGAAGGCUGGAGGCCUGAGGGGUUGCCCCGAGAACGUGGGUGAUGGAUGCAGAGGUGCCCCGAGUGCCCACUCCCCCGAGCCCCUUGGCCCAGGCACCCCAAGAGGAAGACGACCAGGAGGCGGAGGUCGCCACCAUGAUCCUGGAGGACAGCUCUUGGGUCCAGGAGGCGGUGCUGCAGGAGGACGGCCCCGGGUCCGAGCCCUUCCCCCAGAACGCUGGCAAGGGCGGCCCCAGCGAGGAGGUGGCCGUGGGGCCGCAGGGCGCGCUGGGCCGCCUCCGAGAGCUCUGUCGGCGCUGGCUGAGGCCGGAGGUGCACACCAAGGAGCAGAUGCUGACCCUGAUGCCCCGGGAGAUCCAGGCCUGGCUGCAGGAGCACAGGCCCGAGAACAGCGAGGAAACGGUGGCCCUGAUGGAAGGCUUGACCCAGAGCCUUCGGGACGGUGAUUUUGAGAUCCAGAGUGAAAACGGGGAGAACUCUAACCAAGACUUGUUUGAGAAUGUGGAAUCCCCUGGGAUCUUCUCAGAAGCACCCGAAGGGGAAGGCGUUCGGCAGUGUGACUGGGAGAGUGACUCUGAGAGAGACUGUGGCUCCGGGGGUCCCCGGGGAAAGGCCUCCAGCGAAGACCGCAGGGCUGUGCCGUCCCAGGGCCGGGAAGCCGAACAGCUCAUCGGCCUGCAGGGCACCUACCUGGGCGAGAGGCCCUACGAGUGCCCCCAGUGUGGGAAAACCUUCAGCCGGAAAUCCCACCUCAUCACGCACGGGCGCACCCACACGGGAGAGAAGUCCUACAAGUGCGACGAGUGCGGGAAGAGCUUCAGCGACGGCUCCAACUUCAGCAGGCACCAGACGACGCACACCGGGGAGAGGCCUUACAAGUGCCGGGACUGCGGGAAAAGCUUCAGCCGGAGCGCGAACCUCGUCACCCACCAGAGGAUCCACACGGGCGAGAAGCCCUUCCAGUGCGCCGAGUGCGGCAAGAGCUUCAGCAGGAGCCCCAACCUCAUCGCCCACCAGCGCACCCACACGGGGGAGAAGCCCUACUCCUGCCCCUUGUGCGGCAAGAGCUUCGGCAACCGGUCCAGCCUGAACACGCACCAGGGCAUCCACACCGGGGAGAGGCCCUACGAGUGCAAGGACUGCGGCGAGAGCUUCAGCUACAACUCCAACCUCAUCCGGCACCAGAGGAUCCACACGGGGGAGAAGCCGUACCGGUGCCCCGACUGCGGGCAGAGGUUCAGCCAGAGCUCGGCCCUCAUCACCCACCGCAGGACCCACACGGGGGAGAAGCCCUACCAGUGCGGCGAGUGCGGCAAGAGCUUCAGCCGCAGCUCCAACCUGGCCACCCACCGCCGGACCCACCUGGCGGAGAAGCCCUACAAGUGCGGCGAGUGCGGGAAGAGCUUCAGCCAGAGCUCCAGCCUCAUCGCCCACCAGGGGGUGCACACGGGCGAGAAGCCCUACGAGUGCCUGACCUGCGGCGAGAGCUUCAGCUGGAGCUCCAACCUCAUCAAGCACCGGCGCACCCACACGGGCGAGAGGCCCUACGCGUGCGGCGAGUGCGGCAAGGCCUUCGGCCAGCGCUCCCAGCUGGCGGUGCACCGGCGCACCCACACGGGCGAGAGGCCCUACGCGUGCCUCCUGUGCGGCAAGAGCUUCAGCCGGGGCUCCAUCCUGGUCAUGCACCAGAGGGCCCACCUCGGGGACAAGCCCUACAGGUGCCCCGAGUGCGGGAAGGGCUUCAGCUGGAAUUCGGUGCUCAUCAUACACCAGCGGAUCCACACCGGGGAGAAGCCCUACAAGUGCCCCGAGUGUGGCAAAGGGUUCAGCAACAGCUCCAAUUUCAUCACGCACCAGAGAACUCACACGAAAGAGAAACUCUGAUGACGUGGCGGAAAGGAAAAGGGAGGGGGCGGGGCUAGCCCAGGAAGGGGAGCUGUCCCCCGGCGCCCCAAGCAAGGCUGUCUCAUUCGAAGAGCCAUUCUUCCCCGUAAUGGUCUUUGGGGUUUCGUGCCAGAAUCUCACCACUGCUCAUCCUCAUGCCUAGGAUCCCAUCGUCUUAGUGGUCGGAGCCAAACCCCAAGAACAGUGUAGGACUGGAAGGUCGGAGAGUUGGGUCUUUUUCUUUUUUUAAAAAAAAAAAAAUAUUUUUUUAAUUAAUUUUUUUACAGAGAGGAAGGGGAGAAGGAUAGAGAGCCAGAAACAUCGAUGAGAGAGAAACAUCCGUCGGCUG